GGUCCUUACUCACUCUUUCCCUGAUGGUGCUGUGGGGAAGGGGAAUCUUCUCUGGAGUCCGUUUUUUGAAAUGUGGAGAUUUUGCAAGGACAAGGAGUGGACCAGGAAUGUCUUGGAAUGUUUCCUAGGGAAUUGGAAUACGUCUUGGAAUGGAAGGGAAACACAGAGGAAUUCCACAGCUGCACCAGGAACAAUAGUCCUGGAGUUUGCCACAGGGGGUCAGCAGAGUGUGGGGUAUGAGUGAUGACGUCUGUGGUGCUUGUAGACAGUGGAGGAGCAGUGGUGGAGUAUGUUACUGCAGUGGAUGACCAUAUACCGGAGGAGGGUGUGUAUGAGUUUGAGGGAGAAAUAGAGGGAGAGGUGGAGUACCCUGCGGUGAUCGUGGAGCCGGUACCCAGUGCGCGGUUGGAGCAGGGCUUCGCUGCUCAGGUGCUGGUGUACGAUGACGAGACCUACCUGAUGCAGGGAGUGGCUGAGGAGCAGGAGGUGGAGACAGAAGUGCUGGAGACAGUGGAAGCAUCAGUUCAUGGCUCUGUGCAUUGCUCAGAUAAAACCAUUGAGGCUGCUGAAGCUCUUCUACACAUGGACUCUCCCUCCAGCUUGCGUGGAGACUGGAGCCCAGAGGUGUUUGUGCCUCCAUGUGUCAACACUUCGGAGUUCCUGCAUGCUGCCAUGCGACCUGACGUUCUGACAGAGACCGUGGUGGAGGUCAGCACAGAGGACUCAGAGCCUAUGGAGGUGGUUACGGUUCUUGAGGAGCCUGAGAUGCUGGAGACGGAACCCACUAAGAGAAGAAAAUCUGGGCGAAAACCCAAACCCCAUCACAUUUCAAACGGAUCUCCAGAUCUGGGCAUCAAGAAGAAGUCCAGAGAAGGGAAAGGAAGUACAUACCUGUGGGAGUUUCUGUUGGACCUGCUGCAGGAUAAGAACACCUGUCCCAGAUACAUUAAGUGGACACAGAGGGAGAAGGGCAUCUUCAAACUGGUGGACUCCAAAGCUGUGUCAAAGCUCUGGGGCAAACACAAGAACAAACCAGACAUGAACUAUGAAACCAUGGGCAGAGCACUCAGGUAUUACUAUCAGAGAGGUAUCUUGGCUAAAGUAGAGGGUCAGAGGUUGGUGUAUCAGUUUAAGGAAAUGCCUAAAGACAUUGUCAUCAUCGACGACGAUAAGUGCGACCCAGGCGAUGACCUAAUCAGAGAGAAGACCUAUGAGCGCAUUCCUCCCUCAUCUGACACUCUAUUGGUAACUGACCUCUCCAAAACCCCUGCCAUCUUGAGAGGGGGAGGAAGGACUGUGGUCCAUCCGGGGUCCCCAAAAGCUAAAGCUGCACUCAAUGCAACUCCUUUUCAGCGCAUUGUAACGGUCUCUGCGUCAACAGAUCCAUCACAGCCGUCCCAUGCCACCUUUAUCCCCAAUGCCAAUGCACCGAGGACUGUGCGGGUUGCUAUGCAAGUUCCGGUCGUCAUGACAAACUCCUUGGGACAGAAGAUCUCCACGGUGGCCGUGCAGUCAGCAAACCCUUCGCUCCUAACCACAGCACCUACCAACAUCGGCUCAGCAACUGGUGCGAACGCACCCAAAGUCCUAAUCCAGACCAUGCCAACGAUGGUUCCCGCCACAGCCGAGAACGGUGACAAGAUCACAGUCCAGCUCGCCAAGAUAAUCACCAUCCCCGCAACCCAGCUCACGCAGUGCCAGCUACAGACCAAACUGGGCACCCCAACAGGCAUCAAUCUGAUGGCCGCCCCCCUCACCGUCCGAGCCCUUACGCCCGUGUCUGUGGCGCCAGGGACGCAGGUGGUCAGAUUGGCAGUUCCGGCCCAACAGAGUCCAGCUCAGGCAAAGACGCAGGUCCCUGUUUCAAUCCAGACGCAAACUCAAGUCCCAAUCUCCAUCCAUACGACAUCUACCCCGGCGUCAGUUCCAGUUCAGAUCCAGAUUCACCAGAGUCAGCUUUCUCCAAAAGCAAAAAGCGUAGCUCAGACCUCAGAGUCGAAAUCCGACAGCACUUCGGCAGAACAGCCGAAGCAGGACAAUCCCACACAGGACGCAGCAGCAGUGGUGGUAGAGGAAGGUUCAAAACCACAAUCCGAAGCAGAGAGCUGAAGAGCGUUUUGUCAGUCAUGAACAAUAAUAAAUGAACUUCUAUUACCCAGAUACUCUUCAAUCACAUUCUGGAGUACACACUGGAGAUUGGUUGACUUGUACAGUUUCGGAGUUCAAGUGUGGUUUCAUUUUUAUAUAUAUAUAUAUAUAUAUAAAUAUAAAUAAAUAAAAAAUCAGGCAAAGACCACAGUUCUCACAUCAUGUAGAUUAAAUCUGGAUGUCCGUCAUUUCAAUUAUGAGUUGUUAAAGGGACCAAUGUAAAGAACACUACACGUCUCCUUUUAUUUUUUAUUUUUAAUCUUACUUUGAUGCUAAUAACAGCUAAGCAGAACACUAAGGAGUGAGUAGUUGAAGUAGUCAAAUUCAACUUUUUAUAACUUGUAUAAAGUUUUUUUUUUUUCUUUAACAAGGCAAAACCAGCAAGAUUCUUUUGAUGAUCACUGUGAGUGCACGCUUCUGCCCGUGUUUCACAGGAACGUGUUGAUUCUCCCCCUUCUACUAAGGGAAGAAAUGGACAUUGUAUAUAUGAAUUAUACAGUUUACUGAAUUUAUAAACAAUGCAGCCUUAGAACAUUUUUAUUUUUCAUUUUUUGUCAUUUUUCUUUUAAGUCAAGCUUAUUAAGCUUUUGUGUUAAGCUCUUGUUUUGAAGGUUUUUUUGUUUUUUUUUUCCCUCACAUUGUACCAAGCACAGUAUUAUUGGCAAACAAACUGCCAAGCAUUUUGUGCAUUGUCGUCUCAAUCACCCGCAAGAAAAACAAAAAAAUGGCUGUACCAUUUAGGUGUUAUCAAAUCCAGAUCCAAAUCCCGGAAUGAUGCCAGUUUGUCAACACAA